GUAGGUGGCGCAAACAUGGGAGGCCAAUGGUUCGGCCCAAAGCAGCACAGGCCGUAUAAGUAGAGCUCCGAGCUAGAGUCUGGCUGCGUAAUGGAUUGCUUCAGCCUGGUGACGUAUUUUGCAGGCGUCCGUUUCUUGCGACACACAGUUCGCCAUGGCGCCGGUAAGGCCGGCGGCGAGGUGGCAGUUUGAUGGUGUUGGAACGCGUGGCGAAGGGGUUUCUCCAGUUGGUUUCAGGAAAAAGAACGGGAAACAGAGAACCUGGUGGCCUAGUCAUACGCAGGGCUUCGCGGGGAGCGUUCGCCAGGGGCAAGGCUUUGCAUUUCGAAGAAAACUGAAGAUUCAGCAAAAUUACAAGAAGUUGCAACGGAGGGAAAAGAAGGCUCAGACAUCGCAAGAAUCCCAGUUCACAGAUCGAUACCCAGAUCAUUUGAAACAUCUCUAUUUAGCUGAAGAGGAAAGGCUAAAGAAGCAACUAAGAAAAGCUGACCGACCGCUGUCAGAAAAGCAAGCUGAUCAGCCUUUGCCUGAAGAACAGUAUAGCAUUGACCAGGCCUUGUCUGAAGAUCAGCGUACUGUCCGCCUGCCUGAGCCGGAAGAACAGCAUACCAGAACAGUAAACUCCAUUACUGUUCCAAAGAAAAAUAAAAAGAAAACAUCAAAUCAGAAAGCACAAGAAGAAUAUGAACAGAUACAAGCUGUGCGUGCCGCUAAGAAACAAGAAUUUGAGAGGAGAAAACAAGAGAGAGAAGCAGCUCAAAGGCUCUACAAAAAGAAGAAAAUGGAAGUCUUCAAAAUAUUGAGCAAAAAGACUAAAAAGGGCCAACCAAACUUGAAUUUGCAAAUGGAAUAUCUUCUUCAAAAAAUACAAGAAAAAAAUUAAAUCACACCUUCGUCCUUAGGGAUUAAAAUAUUUACUGACUGUCCAUUCGAUUAUUUUGCGUAACAAGUGCCUCCUGACAAUGAACUAAAUUUGUUCAUAAACUGGAUUGCUGACAUAGACUAUGUAUAAAGUAUAUGUUUUAUAUAUUUUGUUUAUGUUCCACAUAACAGGACUUGUAUCUUAUUUAUUUGCCUCUAAAGGCAGGUAAACUGAAGAACUGAUAAAACCCAUUUUGGAGACAAGAUUCAAGCACAUAUCUUCUUUUAUACAUGUGAAAUAAAUUGCCUUAGGAAAUGAAAUGUUUCAACUUAGUGAUUAGCUCUGUAUUUUUACAAUUUAAUCGUGAAAUAAAUGCUCCCCUUGAAUUUUUUAAUUAUUUUAAACUAAGUACAUGUGACAGGCAAAUGGAUUUUGUACAUUGCUGAGAAUAUAGCUGGUUGCUGAAGUAAUCUGUUCCCACUGUAUAACAAGGGGGGCCUUCAUUAAGCCAUGUGGUGCAAAAAUUCCCAGAAUUUUGUGCUUGCUCUGUGACAUGGUAGGUUAAACCACUGCCUGCAGCACCGGCAACUGAUAUGCGCGCCAGUUCAUGUCCUGGCUGCUCCACUUCCGAUCCAGCUCCCUGCUAACAUACCUGGAAGAAUAUUGGAAGAUGGUUCAAGUUUAUGGGCUCCUGCACUGACAUUGGAGACCCAGGUGAAGCUCCUGGCUUUGGCCUAGCCCAGCCCCAGCUGAUGCGGGUAUUUAGGGGAGUUAACCAGCAGGAGGAAGCUAACUAUCUGUCUCUCCCUCUGUAAUUCUGACUUUCAAAUAAAUAAAUAAUAUCUUUUAAAAUAAUAAUUCCCAGAGUCUGAUACUUAAAAACAAUCUCUUAAAUGGAACUACUUACUACUAUAAGACUUUGAAAGGGUAAUGAUGAUGGAAACCCGAACAAUGUCUAGCAUUAAGCUUUCUAGAUCUCAUGGGAGAGACCCUGUUCUGUAAAAAAAACAUUGUUGCCUCUUAAAUCCUUGUGGGCUGAGGGAAACUACUGGGAUAACUGCUUUUCCUGCCUCAAAAUUUUAAUGAAAUGAGGAGUACUUACAAUCACUGUUAAAAAAAAAAGGGCGGGGGGGCUGUACAAGAUUUAUAAGACAUUGCAUAAUAGCUUUAUAAAUGGUAAAUAUUUGAGGUUUGAGGGAGCCCCAUGCUCUACUACUGAUUAAUUCUUAAGUUAAAAAUGUAGUAAGAGAUGCUUAGCAAACACCAAAUUUGUUAUUUAUUAAGAAGUAGUGCUUAGACAUUUGCAGUAAACUAUUGUUUUUACAAUAGGCAUCUCAGGAAGCCUAAAUUUGUGUUGGUGAAGACUGUAUACUGUGAUUCAAAAUAAAAUAGUUUGUAAUGAUUUCA